GAUAAAGUCUGCAAGUUUAAUGCCAGGAUGAAUCUAAAAAAUCGAUUCUAAAUCUAAUCGAAUCAAAUCUAAUCUAAAUAAAAAGAAGAGAUUAUGAUCCACUACUAAUGGAUUCAUAUCAGAUCUUUGUGCAGACAUUCAAACAGGCUGUAUCCACUAGAAAUUUCACAGAUUUGCCGAAUAUUUUUAGGAGUGGUCACACAUCCCUCGCAAUUGUUUCACUCGAACAUCGUGAAUUAAUUGUAUGCAGCAUAUUUGACAAAAAUAAUGGCUUGCUGUAUUUCCUCAAUUAUGAACUUCCACAUCGAAUUCAAAACAAACACGUUGAUGAUACGCUAACAGAAGCAUUUAAUUUUCUUACAUUUUUCAUUAACAAUUUUUAUACUACCCCCUGUUUCACACAAUAUAUUCAUGAAAUUAAGAAUGUAUGUCAGUUAGGACUAAAAGUAAAACUUCAUUGUUUUACCAAAAAAGCUGCUCAUAAUGCUUUUAUAAAAUUAAUAGAAUUAUUCAAGGAUCAUGACUUAAAAUUUGACGAAACAGUUCGUAACUAUUGUCGGGCAUUCCAUAAUUAUGACAAGAAAGUAUGA